CCCAAACGGCAAAACCCUAGUAAAGUAAAAGCUGCGAGAGCCUCUUAUCCACACUCACACUCUUCCUACUCCCUCACGAAAGCUGCGACCUUUGAAGCUCUGACAAUGGCGUCGGCCAACGCUCUUACUUCUGCUUCCGUCCUCUGCUCUCCCAAACAGAGUUUGAGAAGGGGGGUGAAUCAGCAGCAAAACAAUAGGGUGAAUUACAGGCAAUCAAGGGGUCGCUUUGUUGUGAAGUCCUCUGCAAAGGAAAUUGCUUUUGACCAGCAUUCAAGGCGUGCGCUACAGGCUGGAAUUGAUAAGCUUGCGGACGCUGUUGGCCUUACUCUUGGUCCUAGGGGGAGGAAUGUUGUAUUGGAUGAGUAUGGUAGUCCUAAAGUUGUCAAUGAUGGAGUCACUAUUGCUAGAGCUAUUGAGUUACCUGAUGCGAUGGAAAAUGCUGGUGCAGCCCUAAUUAGAGAGGUUGCUAGCAAGACCAAUGACUCUGCUGGUGAUGGAACAACAACUGCAUCAAUUCUUGCACGGGAGAUAAUCAAGCUAGGGCUCUUGAGUGUGACCUCUGGUGCAAAUCCUGUUUCGAUAAAGAAGGGUAUUGAGAAAACGGUACAAGGGCUGGUGGAGGAGCUAGAGAAUAAGUCUAGGCCUGUUAAGGGUCGUGAUGACGUUAAGGCUGUCGCAACUAUUUCUGCUGGAAAUGAUGAGCAAAUUGGGACAAUGAUUGCUGAUGCUAUUGACAAGGUUGGACCUGAUGGUGUCCUGUCGAUUGAGUCAUCCUCCUCAUUUGAGACUACCGUCGAGGUAGAAGAAGGAAUGGAGAUUGACAGAGGAUAUAUCUCCCCUCAAUUUGUUACAAACCCUGAGAAAUUGGUUGUUGAAUUUGAGAAUGCAAGAGUUUUGGUUACUGACCAGAAGAUUUCAGCUAUCAAGGACAUAAUUCCAUUGUUGGAGAAGACCACUCAGUUGAGAACCCCUCUGCUUAUAAUUGCUGAGGAUGUCUCUGGGGAGGCUUUGGCGACUCUUGUUGUGAACAAGUUGAGGGGUAUACUGAAUGUUGCCGCUAUCAAAGCUCCCGGUUUUGGUGAACGGAGAAAGGCUCUCCUCCAAGAUAUUGCGAUUUUGACAGGAGCUGAGUUUCAAGCCAGUGAUCUGAGUCUACUGGUUGAGAACACCUCAGUUGAGCAGCUUGGUUUGGCCCGAAAGGUGACAAUCUCAAAGGACUCAACUACCAUUAUUGCUGAUGCAGCAUCAAAAGAUGAGUUGCAGGCCAGAAUUGCACAGCUGAAGAAAGAGUUGUCUGAGACAGAUUCUGUUUAUGAUUCAGAAAAACUGGCUGAGAGGAUUGCCAAAUUAUCAGGUGGGGUUGCUGUUAUAAAGGUCGGUGCUGCUACAGAGACUGAACUUGAGGACCGUAAGCUCCGUAUUGAGGAUGCCAAGAAUGCUACUUUUGCUGCCAUAGAGGAAGGGAUUGUCCCUGGUGGUGGUGCUGCUUUGGUGCAUCUCUCAGCAUAUGUUCCUGCCAUCAAGGAAAAACUUCUCGAUGCAGAUGAGCAGCUAGGUGCUGACAUUGUCCAGAAGGCACUUGUAGCACCAGCAGCAUUGAUAGCUCAAAACGCAGGAGUUGAAGGCGAAGUGGUGGUGGAGAAAAUAAGGGAUAGUGAAUGGGAGGUUGGUUACAAUGCAAUGACAGACAAGUACGAGAACUUGGUGGAUGCCGGUGUUAUCGACCCAGCAAAGGUAACAAGAUGUGCUUUGCAGAACGCAGCCUCGGUUGCCGGAAUGGUCUUGACCACUCAGGCCAUUGUGGUGGAAAAGGCUAAGCCCAAGUCGGCUGCGGCCGCUGCCCCACAAGGCAUGACUGUGUAAUAUGUAGUUUUUUUAGAUUGUCAGAAUUUUGGUAGAGUGGAUUCUGCGGUGAAUUCGGGCCAAAGACGGUUGUUAAAACUUGUGUUAUCACUAAGAAUGUGCCCUUUUUGUACGGAUUGACAACAAUGAUUGUUUCUAAAUAAAAGAUGUGAUAAAAUUGAAAGCUCUCGCUUUGCUUUCACUAA